AUGGCCAUGAUCCCCAUUGAGCCAGUCGAACUCGGCCAGCUGGUGGUUGAAGACUCGGACAGCGACGAGGAGCCCAAUCCAGCCGCGUCAGUCAAAAACUCCAGUGCACUCCAACUGGUCCGAACGCGCAUACGACGCCAUCUGUCUCAGGACUCGCUGUCUCGCCGGAAGGGCCGCUCUGCUGUCGGCUGCAGCCAGGAAGAGAUUCAGCGCCGAGCAGAGCUCAAGAGACUUAUGCACAAGAGGAUACAAGAAGAACUUCGCAGCGAGGAGGGCCAAGAGCCUCCACCGAGUGACAUUUCAUCGAACCCCGCCCAGCACGGUGCCCCUUUGCUUGGCCACCUCCCAGGAGGAGGUCCGCGAGACAACCUCGAGUUCUCCGUCUCUGACGACAGCAGACCCAAUAAGCCGUGUGCCAGCAAUGACGAGUCGAAUGCACGCAUACUCGACGAUGGGAAGAUAUCGCCCGUCAAUGACGAAAACGAUCGCCAGGAUUGCCGUCGAGCCAGCUGUCCAGAGUCCCAUCUCCAGCCUGUUGGCCAGUGCUUCGUACGAGAACGGAACUCGCUUCCCCAAAUGCCAUCAUCCCCGGACCUUUGUCCCAGACGUCUUCCAAGCAGCCCCGAAACGUCAUCUCUGGGUUCGUGGCGCCUCUCGUAUAGCGCUAGUCAGCUUGACGAAUUCUUGGGUUAUGUUGGUGACGGAACAUCCGACCCAGGCCUAGAGCAGGAGGGAAGCGUAAAGGAGGCCGAGGUGGUCUAUAUCAGAAGAUGGAGCUCGGUACAGAAUUGUGCUGUGGCAGAAACUGAUAUCUCGCGACCCGAGAUUGUUCAUCUCUACGAUAUGGACAUAUCCCGGCAGCUAGUGACCCGGGCUUUCAACACUCCAGCCGACUCUCAGAGUCAUUCUGGGUCUGGAAGAAAUAGCCCUCGGGUCGUUUCCAAUAGGCAGGGGAAUUCCAUCGAGAUUGCUUCCCAGAAGCUCGCAGGCCCGGUCCCGGAAUUGGGGAUUUACCCCUCGACAACCACCAGCGUAGAUCCAGUCACAAACACACCUUCCGUCAAUCCGUCAGGCUUGGCAAACAACAAAGCGACUAUGCCGGCUCGUCUAGAGCUCGAUACUGAAUGUAUACAGGGUUUGAUGUCGUGGAAAACGAAAAACCCCCAAAUAAGCCACAACGGCACCAUCGAGCGGGGAGUAGCCAGGAUACAUCAAACAGUCACCGACAAGCCAGUUACACACAAGACAGGUUGGGCUGCCGGCCUCCGACCUCCAAGGCUUCCAAAAGGCCAAGUUGGUACAAAGGACUUUCGACGGCUCAACUUCAGCACCAGAAGAGCAGCCAACAUUCUCAUCACCCUUGCCAACGAACAGCUUGGUCGCUGA